AUGGAGACAGAUUUGGCUGAAAUGCCUGAGAGGAAAGUUCUGCUUUCCCAGGAUUCUCCACUUACCCAAGAGAGGAGUACAGAAGAAGUGGCAGCUCUGCGCCUAACAGCCAGAUCCCAGGAAUCAGUGGCAUUUAAGGAUGUGGCCAUGGAUUUCACCCCAGACGAGUGGGGAAAGCUGGAUCCUGCACAACGGGAUGUGAUGCUGAAUAACUAUAGGAACCUAGUCUCACUUUGGCUUCCAGUUGCCAAAACUGAGAACUAUAAUUUGGAGAAAGGAAAAGAACCAUGGAUGUUUGAGAGAAAAACCCCUAAAAGCAGCUGUUCAGACUGGGAAGCUAGACCUGAAAGCAAGGAAUCAACUUCACUGCAAGAUUCUUCCAAAGAAGAAUCAUGCCAGAUUGCAAUAGACAGACUGACAAGGAGUGGUGUUUAUGACUCCAACUUGGAAACAACUCUUGAAUGUGAAAAUUGGUUAGAGAAUCAGCAAGGAAAUCAGGAGAGGCAUUUAAGAGAAAUGUUCACCCAUAUGAAUCCACUGCCCAGGGAGAAAACUCAUGAUCAUGAUAUGUAUUGGAAAAAUUUCAGUCAAAAGUCUGUCCUCAUCACUGAAGGCAGAGUUCCUAGAGGAUCCUGUCCUUUUAAUAAACUUGAGAAAAGAUUGAAACAGAAGUCAAACUUAAUGAAAAGACAGAGAAACUAUAAGGAAAAAAAACCUCAUAAAUGUAAUGAUUGUGGUGAACUCUUCACUUACCAUUCAGUGCUUAUUCGCCACCAGAGAGUUCAUACUGGAGAGAAGCCCUAUACCUGCAAUGAAUGUGGGAAAUCUUUUAGCCACAGAGCUAACUUAACUAAACAUCAGAGAACUCAUACCAGAAUUCUUUUUGAGUGCAGUGAAUGUAAGAAAACCUUCAUAGAAAGCUCAUCCCUUGCUAUACAUCAGAGAAUUCACAUUGGAGAGAGACCUUAUGAAUGCAAUGAAUGUGGGAAAGGCUUUAAUCGAAGUACCCAUCUCGUUCAGCAUCAGUUGAUUCAUACAGGAGUGAAGCCUUACGAAUGCAAUGAAUGUGAUAAAGCUUUUAUUCAUUCAUCAGCUCUCAUCAAACAUCAAAGAACUCAUACUGGAGAGAAACCUUACAAAUGUCAAGAAUGUGGAAAAGCCUUUAGCCAUUGUUCAUCCCUUACUAAACACCAGAGAGUUCAUACUGGAGAAAAGCCAUAUGAAUGUGGUGAGUGUGGAAAAACUUUUAGUCAGAGCACACAUCUUGUUCAGCAUCAGCGAAUUCAUACAGGAGAGAAACCUUAUGAGUGUAAUGAAUGUGGAAAAACUUUCAGCCGGAGCUCAAACUUUGCUAAACAUCAAAGAAUUCAUAUUGGAAAGAAGCCCUACAAAUGCAGUGAAUGUGGAAAAGCCUUCAUUCAUUCUUCAGCUCUUAUUCAACACCAGAGAACUCAUACUGGAGAGAAACCCUACAGAUGUAAUGAAUGUGGGAAAAGCUUUAAAUGCAGUUCAUCUCUCAUCAGACACCAAAGAAUUCACACUGAAGAGCUACCCUGUAAAUGUAGUACAUGUGAAAAAGCCUUUCGUUAUAGGUCUUUACUCAUUCAACACCAGAGGACCCACACUAAAGAAAAACCUUAUGAAUGUAAUGAAUGUGGGAAAAUGUUCAGCCAGCCUUCAUAUCUUACUCAACAUAAAAAAAUUCACAGUGGAGAAAAGCCCUAUAAGUGUAAUGAAUGUGGAAAGGCAUUUAUUGCUUCUUCAUCCCUUAUGGUACAUCAGAGAAUUCAUACUAAAGAGAAACCUUAUCAAUGUAAUGUCUGUGGAAAAUCCUUUAGCCAUGAUAAAUCAAAACUUGUAAGACAUCAGGAAACUCACACUAGAGAGAAACCCUACAAAUGUAAUGAUUGUGGGAAGGCCUUUAGGAAUAAGUCAUAUCUUAGUGUACAUCAGAAGACACACACUGAAGAGAAACCAUAUAAAUGCAGUGAGUGUGGAAAAUCUUUCAAGAAUACUACAAUUUUUAAUGUUCAUCAGAGAAUUCAUACCGGAGAGAAACCCUUUAGAUGUAGUGAAUGUGGAAAAGCCUAUAGAAGUAACUCAAGUCUUAUUGUACAUAUAAGAACUCAUACUGGGGAAAAACCCUAUGAAUGCAGUGAAUGUGGGAAAGCAUUCAACCGUAUAGCAAAUUUCACUGAACAUCUGAGAAUUCAUACAGGAGAAAAGCCCUAUAAAUGUAAUGAAUGUGGGAAAGCAUUCAUUAAUUAUUCAUGCCUUACUGUACAUCACAGAAUGCAUACAGGAGAGAAACCAUAUAAAUGUAAUGAAUGUGGAAAGGCUUUCAUGCGUUCUUCAUCCCUUAUUAUACAUCAGCGAAUUCAUACUGAAGAGAAACCUUAUCUAUGUAAUGAAUGUGGGGAAUCUUUCAGAAUAAAAUCACACUUAACUGUACAUCAGAGGAUUCAUACUGGAGAGAAACCAUAUAAAUGCACUGACUGUGAGCGAGCUUUCACCAAAAUGGUUAAUCUCAAAGAGCAUCAGAAAAUUCAUACUGGAGUGAAACCCUAUAAUUGUUAUGACUGUGGAAAAUCCUUCAGAACAAAGUCAUACCUUAUUGUACAUCAGCGGACUCAUACUGGAGAAAAACCAUAUAAAUGUAAUGAAUGUGAGAAAGCUUUCACUAAUACAUCACAGCUUACUGUGCAUCAAAGAAGGCAUACUGGCGAGAAACCCUAUAAAUGUAAUGAAUGUGGUAAAGUGUUCACAAGUAACUCGGGCUUUAACACUCAUCAGAGAACACACACUGGAGAGAAACCAUUUAAAUGUAGUGACUGUGGAAAAGCAUUUAGCCAGAUGGUACAUGUUACAGAACAUCAGAAAAUACAUAGUGGAGAGAAACCCUAUAAAUGUGAUGUUUGUGGAAAAGCCUUCAGGAGAGGUUCAUACCUUACAGUGCAUUGGAGGACACAUACUGGAGAAAAACCCUAUACAUGUAAGGAAUGUGGAAGAGGUUGUAUUACUUUAUCACAACUAACUCUACAUCAGAGAAUUCACACGGGGGAGAGGCCCUAUAAAUGUGAAGAUUGUGGAAAAGCCUUCAGAACUAAUUCAGACUUUACUGUACAUCUAAGGAUGCAUACUGGAGAAAAACCUUAUAAGUGUAAUGAAUGUGGAAAAGCCUUUCGGAGUAGCUCAAGCCUUACUGUACAUCAAAGAAUACACCAGAGAGGAGCUUGA